AUGGCCAACACUGAAGUUAAGCUUUUUUCAAUAGUCCUGCUUUGUAUAACAGUAGUUCGAGGGAGCAAAACAUUUCACCAAAACAAUGAGUGGCCAACAUUGGAUGCAGUUAUUAAUGAUGUUGGUGGUAUCUGCAAAACAACGGUAGAGACACAAGGUUACACAUGUGAAGAACACAAGGUUACAACAAACGAUGGCUACAUCUUAAGCAUGCAGAGGAUCCCAGUAGGGCGAUCUGGUAAAAAGGUUGACAAGCCACCGGUGCUAUUACAACAUGGUAUCUUUAGUGAUGCUAAAACAUGGCUGGGUAAUUCUCCUGAUGAAUCAUUAGGAUUUAUCUUAGCAGAUAACGGGUAUGAUGUGUGGCUUGCCAAUGCUCGUGGGACACAAUACAGCAAUGGGCACAAGACACUUAAUCCAAAUGACAAGGCUUAUUGGGAUUGGUCAUGGGAUGAAUUAGCUAGUUAUGAUCUUCCUGCUUUUGUCCAAUAUGUGUACAACUAUACUGGUCAGCAGAGAAUGCACUAUGCAGGUCAUUCCUUGGGAACUUUAAUGGCUUUAGCUGCUUUGUCUCAAGGGCAAGUGCUGAACAUGUUGAGAUCAUCUGCAUUACUUUGCCCAAUUGCUUACAUGAAUCAGAUUACAUCAUUGCCAGUAAAACUUGCUGCUGACACAUUUAUAGCUAAUGACUUGUAUUGGUUAGGAAUCAGUGAAUUCAAUCAAAACGGGGGUGCUGGAUCAAAUUUUGUAGAAGACAUCUGCAAUAAACUAAACUUGAACUACUCAAACCUAAUGUCACUUGUCACAGGUCCAAAUUGUUGCUUAAGUUCGUCCAAAACAGAUCGCUCUUCUGAGCCAACAGCAACUAAGAAUUUGAUCCAUUUAUCUCAAAUGAUCAGAACAGGAAAAAUAGCAAAGUAUGAUUAUGGUGAUCUAGUACAAAAUACGAUGCACUAUGGGCAAAUAUUUCCUCCUCUUUAUGACAUGACGACAAUUCCAAAAGAGUUCCCUCUUUUUGUAAGUUAUGGAGGCCAAGAUAUGCUAGCUGAUGUAAACGAUGUGCAACUUUUGCUUAAUGACCUCAAGGAUCAUGAUAAGAACAAGCUCGUAGUUUUGUUGAAGGAAAAUUAUGCUCACAUUGAUUUUGUUAGGGCUUUCAAUGCUAAACAAAUGGUUUAUGAUCCUAUGAUGGCUUUCUUCCAGAUUAAUUAA